AUGGCCUCCCUAACCAUCAACGACGCCCCCUCCCCAGUCCCCUACACCAAAGAGCUCCACGCCACAGCCAAAGCUCUCGGCGCAGCAGGCAAAGGCCUCCUCGCCGCCGACGAAUCCACCAGCUCCAUUGAGAAGCGUCUCGAAGGUGUAGGGAAAGAAACCACCGAAGACAACCGCCGCGAAUGGCGCGACAUGCUCUUCACCGCAGCCGGUCCCAUCGAAGACACCAUCUCCGGCGUCAUAACGUUCGAGGAAACACUGAUGAAACAUGACGCCCAGCUGGAGAGCAAGUAUCAAGGGAAGGCUCUCGUUGAUGUGAUCAAGGCUAGGGGAAUUAUUCCUGGGAUUAAAGUUGAUAAGGGGACGGUGGCGCUCCCACGGACGAGUCCGGAGGAGACGACGACGCAGGGUUUGGACGGGUUGGAGGCGAGGUGUAGGGAGUUUUAUGAGAGGGGGGCGAGGUUUAGUAAGUGGAGGUGUACCUACACUGUCUCGGCUGCGACGCCUUCGGCAUUGGCGAUUAUGGAUAAUGCGGAAGUGCUGGCGAGGUAUGCUGCGAUUUCGCAGCAGGCGGGACUUGUGCCUAUUGUUGAGCCGGAGGUGCUCAUGACGCACGAUCAGCCGAUUGAGCGGGCUUUGGAAGCGCAUGUUGCCGCGUACUCGGCGCUCUUCGAGAGGCUGGCGCUGCACAAGGUGGACCUCGCGGGUCUUGUGUUAAAGGCGAGCUUCGUUACGCCAGGGAAGGAGCACUCGAAGGCGAAGCCGGAGGAGGUUGCGGAGGCGACGGUCGCUUGUCUGAGUAAGACUGUGCCACCGCAGGUCCCGACGAUUGUGUUCUUGUCUGGUGGGUUUAGUGAUGCGGACUCGAUUGAGUAUCUCAAUGCUAUCAACAAGAGAAAGCAGGAGAAUGCUCAAGCGGCGCCAUGGGCCUUGACGUUCUCCUUUGGAAGAGCGCUGCAAGGCGUUGCUAUGCAGGCUUGGGCAGAUGGGAAGAGUGAGGAGAGUCAGAAGGCUUGGGUUGAUCGAGCGAAGUGGUCUGGUGAGGCUGCGGUUGGGAAGUAUGCUGGUGGAUGUCCAUCUUGA